AAUAAAGCCCCCGCUGCUCAAUCGCCACAGGUUGGCUUGAUGAGCUUCCAGUGCGUGGAGAACGCUCCAUACGCUAUGCAGCCCGUCUGGUUGAUGAUGGCACCGAUGCUAGGCAAGCAAACGCUCACACCGUGUGAGGUUGCAGGAUUGGUGAUGAGCACAGGCAGGAACGGGCCGUCGUACCGUAUUGUGAAUGGAAGCAGCACGCUCAUAAGCGAUUACCCGUUUAUGGUGUCGGUACAGCGGUGGAACAAGGACGCGAAGACCCACAUCUGCGGCGGUACGUUCAUCAGCAACCAGUGGAUACUGACCGCGGGUCAUUGCGUUGAUGACACCGAGUUUAGCAAGGGUGGAAUUGUACGGGUGGAAUCGUCGUUUCACGCAUCGGGAGGCACAUUGCUUACGAUCGAACGGACCGUGCUCCACGAGGCGAUCGCCUACGGAGGUACGGGUAUUGAUUAUGAUUAUGGUUUAAUUAAGCUGGCUGCUAAGUUUGAGCGAGCAGUUCCGGUGCGGCUGGUGGCAGCGAAAAGACGCUUCCUGCCGGGAGAACUCUGCACGAUCGUUGGCUGGGGUUUGACGAAGAAUACGGGCGAUCGGGAGCAGCUGCGGAUGGUGAAGCUACCGAUCAUAUCCCAAGAGAGCUGCGAUGAAGUGUACGCCGAGCGUCAACCGAUCACUCGAAGAAUGCUGUGUGCCGGAUAUGCUGGAGGUGGUCAAGAUGCGUGUGAGGGAGACUCUGGUGGGCCGCUGCUGUGCCGUGGCAUACAGGUCGGCAUCACAUCGUGGGGCGUUGGAUGCGCUAAACCCAGGCGCUAUGGAGUGUACAGCAAUAUCGCAAAUCAGCGUGAAUGGAUUCGGAAACAUACUGUUACGAUAGGUAGUGUCGGUGGUAAGCGACGGAUGAACUUUCGGAUUGUCAACGGGACGGAAGCAACGGUUGUCGCGUAUCCGUUUAUUGUGUCCGUCCAGAAGUGGACACCAAUGCUGAAGCAGCACAUUUGUGGUGGAACGCUUAUUAGUGAGAGUUGGGUCCUCACAGCAGCUCAUUGCGUUGACAAGAUCACCGCGUACACGGUUAUGGUGCGCGCCAACUCGUCAUUCUUCAACCGCGGUGGAAAGCUCCAUCGAGUCGAGCGUGUUAUAAAGCAUGAGCUUUUCAGCUACCAGACGGGGGACUACGACUUCGGGCUGAUGAAGUUAAAGCAACGGUUUAGGCGAGGAACGUACGUUAAGCUUCCAUCGGGUCGGAGACGUUUUCCACCCGGUGAACGGUGUACGGCUAUGGGCUGGGGCUAUACGCUGGGACCGGCUCAGAGAGAUCAGUUACAGCAGGUCGUGUUGCCGAUCGUGUCCCAGAGGGUGUGCCAGAAGGCGUACGAAGGUACGGACACGAUUACGGCCCGCAUGCUUUGCGCUGGAUAUGCGGAAGGGAUGCGAGACGCGUGUGAUGGAGAUUCUGGUGGACCACUGGUAUGUCGAGGCAUUCAGGCCGGGGUUAUAUCGUGGGCAAUUGGUUGCGCACAACCAAACAAGUAUGGUGUUUAUAGCAGCGUUGCGCAGGGUCGAGAAUGGAUCCGGAACCAUACAGGUAUUUAAGUACAUAUGUUUUGUGGAUUAUAUUCAUUUUAAUAAAUGUUUUCUUCAUGAUUUGAUAAUUUUUGUAAAUGAGAAAAAAAAUCCGAUAUAAAUUCCAGUCGUUGCAAAUUCAAACUGCUAAAACCGCCUACAAGUAUGCAAUCUGCACUACAUGCUGAACAAAAUCACAUUUAACGAACAUAACAUUAAGUGCCGCGAAUCACACGAAGGAAUGCAAAUUGUAGAAUAACGAUCGCAAAAGCAACAACAAAAAAAAAAGAAACGGUAAACUUUGGCAUAAUUGGUUAAACUUUCCACAAAUCCCAUAAGCGUUCGGUGCGCACAGUCGGCAACGAAAAUUUCCAAAGAAAACACUGCAAAACGAACGCGCCUGGGGGCGAAAUGGCGUCCAAAGCGAAGACGAAGGUGGCUACAAAAUU